CCAUAGAAACUUUAAAGAGGCGGAAGAAACAAAGUAUCAACUAAAGCAUGAGUGCAAUUUUCCCUCGAUAGAUAGACAGAUUGUCAGGACACUGUACACUUUUGUGUUGUUUUGGGGUGUAUUAAAUUAGCUGGCGAACACUGUAUAUCUUGAUUGAUAGAUAGUAAAAAGUAAAAUAAAAGUAAAGUUAAAAAACAGUAGCUAUUAGGUUAGAAACGCAAUAGAAAUUAGUGGAACUAGUUAAGCCUACGGAUUAUUUACUCGACUAGAUGACUAGACAAGAUGUCCAUGUCCAUUUCUCCUCUUGCAAACCCAAAAGGAACGAAGAAAUUGUGCGAGCUUUGUCAGAAACCAGCUUAUCUCCAGUGCACAAAAUGCCGAGUCACUUUCUACUGUGAUGUUGCUCACCAGCAGGCAGAUUGGAAUAGCAUCCAUGAGAAAGUGUGUGAGCUGCUGAGCUCUAUACGAACCCCUGCACCAUUCUCCUGUUUCCAGGCUGACAGAGACAUCCAUCAUAUGCAGACUCUGAAAAGAUUGGAGCACAUAACACAGCUCUCCCAUGCUGCAGCUAAGAGCUGGGUGUCAGAAGGGAAGUACAGCGAGGCAGUGCCAGCAGCUCAGCUCUCCCUGCGCUGUGCUAUUGACAUUUACGGCCGUGAUGUUGUUGAACUGGUGCCAGCCUACUUGCUGCUUGCCGAGGCCAGUAUAGGUUUAGGUUCUCUGUCUCAGGCUGAAAGCUGUCUCUCACAGGCAGAGUGGAUGGUAAUGAAGAAUCCGGGCUGCAGUCGGACAGUUCUUCAUCUGCUCCACAGAACCCUGGGCCACCUGCAUUCGGCCAAAGGAGACUACAGCACUGCCCUACUGCACUUCGCCAAUGAUGUGUACUAUGCGAGUGAGGAGUUUGGUUUGGACAGUGUGGUCACAGCUCGAGGCUAUUUCUUGAUGGCAAAUGUGUUCAUGAAACAGGAGAAGACAGAUAUUACAAACUCACUCUACUCAGAGGUUGCCAGUAUCUGGCAUGCUCACCUGUCUAAGUUGAUGGAGUGUUACAGUCAGAAGGAACAUGAGGGAGCUCAAUACUUUGAUGUGGCACAAUGUGCAGAGGUGAAUCAGAUGUUGAGUGUGAUGUUGGAGGCUCAGCAGCAGGAUGUAAAUACACAUCCUGCUUACAGCACCACCACGUUUAACUCUCUAGGUCAGAGGGCUUUGCUGUCUCACUCCCUCGCCAUCCUCUGGUUCCUCUGCAACGACCACAAGAAGGCACUGGAGUUUGGCAGGAAGGCAGCAGAGUUUAGCCAGCAGUGUGAACACAACAGUUUGGCAGAGUCCAUCCAGGAUCUUAUACAACAAGCAGAAACACACCUCAACCCAGAACAAACACCCAUCAUUCACCACUAACUAAUACAUUCAACACUCAUAUACUAACACUUAAUAAUAACCAGUACACUCAACACACACCCCUGACUAAUCAUAAUGCACAUAGCCCUCAUAGAGCCGACGCUUACUCAUAACCUCAAUAUAAAUGUGAUGUGCACAGCAUUCACACACUGUCCUCAAAUAUACAAAUAACACAAUAAAAAAUUACUAUCAUAAACAUCUUAAUCAUGUGUCUGUAGAUGUAAAGAUCGAUUGAUUAGUAGCUGAUGGUGUAUCGGAAGUCAGAAUGGCGUUAAAGAAGAGCACAAGCCUCUGAUGCAUGUUUCAUAUUCCAGACAUUUUUUAAAUGUCUUUUUUUAUUAUUAUUAUUAUUAUCGUAAUUAUUAUUAUUAUUAUUAUUAUUAUUAUUAGAAUAUCGUAACAUACAACAUUGAUGUUAGAGUUCUAACACUAAUAGGUUCCCUAGUAUUAUAUAACAUUGCUGGUUUUUGGCAUUCAGGUGGAACGUCUAACUUGAAAAAAAAUAAUAAAAACAAACAAACAAACAGAUGACGAGGCAAUGAAAUGUGGUUAACAUCUGAAAUCUGCUCAUUUUCCUUUUUUACAUCCUGGAAAUCAGCAGAACUGAACAUUAGCAGCAAUUUGACAUUAUUACGUAGUGAGUAAAUGUCUCUUGUUAGUCAACUGGGCAAUGGUGUGGUACCAAAAUAUAGUGCUUGCUUGGGUUUGGCAAAUAAAUUAUUGCACCAAAUUCCUCCGUCCUUUUCAUGUCACAACAUUUCUCUGAUCAUGUUUACUUAAUACUAGAUCAUCUCUAAAGUCUUGCCACUCCCUUUAAUCACAUGUAUUGGUUUGGAAUCAGACAGG